AUGGCUGUUGGCUUAGCAAUCCGUAAAGACGACAAAGGUGAUUUGGCGUACAACGGCAAAAUCACAUGGUUUGUGUUUCUAUCGUCUGUCGUAGCUGCCACCGGUGGACUCAUCUUCGGCUACGACACUGGAGUUACCGGUGGAGUGACUUCAAUGGAGCCGUUCCUAGAGAAAUUCUUCCCGGGCGUAUACAGAAGGAUGAGAGAAGAUACGGAUAUAAGCAACUACUGCAAAUUCGACAGCCAGCUGUUGACAGCUUUCACUUCCUCAUUGUACAUAGCCGGCCUUAUAGCGUCCUUCUUUGCCUCGCCAGUGACGAGGGUGUUGGGCCGUCGAGCUUCCAUCCUAAUUGGUGGGGCCUCGUUUCUAAUGGGCGCUGCUUUAGGAGGUGCGGCUGUGAACGUGUACAUGCUGAUAUUGGGCCGUAUACUACUUGGAGUAGGGGUUGGAUUUACUAACCAGUCGGUCCCUUUAUACCUCUCGGAAAUGGCGCCCCCGAAAUACAGGGGAGCCUUCAACAUCGGCUUCCAGCUGUGCGUCGGCACCGGCGUCCUCCUCGCCAACCUCAUCAACUACGCCACACAAAAAAUCCGAGGCGGCUGGGGCUGGCGCAUUUCCCUAGCCAUGGCCGCCGCCCCAGCCUCAAUCCUCACCAUCGGCGGCAUUUUCCUUCCCGAGACCCCCAGCAGCCUCGUCCAACACGACACCAACAAUCUCGCCAAGCCAAAGAAGCUUCUCCAGAGAAUCCGAGGCGUCGAUGACGUGGAUGCCGAGCUGGCCGACCUCGUGUCCGCCAGCCGCGCCUCCCAAGCCACGCGCGCACCCUUCCGGAAGCUUCUGGAGCGCCGCUACCGCCCCCAGCUGGUGAUGUCGGUUGCCAUCCCCGUCUUCCAGCAGCUGACGGGGAUCAACGUCAUCGCCUUCUACGCGCCGGAGAUCUUCCGAACGAUGGGGUCGGGAGUCAGCGCGUCCCUGCUGUCGACCGUCGUCAUCGGCGUGGUCGGGACGGCGAUGACGGCCGUGUCCAUGCUGGCGGCUGACAGGGCGGGCCGCCGGUCAUUGUUUCUCAUCGGGGGGCUUCAGAUGCUGGGCCCGCAAGUGGCGAUCGGGAGUGUGCUGGCGGCCCGGCUGGGGGACACGGGGGGUCUCGGCGGGAGGGGUUACGAGGUCUCGGUUCUGAUACUGAUAUGCGUGUACGUGGCGGGGUUCGGGCUGUCGUGGGGCCCACUCGGGUGGCUUGUGACGAGCGAGAUAUUCCCGUUGGAGGUGAGGUCGGCGGCGCAGAGCGUGAACGUGGGGGUGGGGUUUUUGUUGAUAUUUGCGGUGGCGCAGGCGUUUCUGGCGAUGAUGUGUCAUCUGAAGGCGGGGAUAUUCUUCUUGUUUGCGGGGUGGGUGGGGGUGAUGACGGGGUUCGUGUACCUUUUCCUGCCGGAGACGAAGGACGUGCCGAUAGAGAAGAUGGAGGGGAUUUGGAAGGAGCAUUGGUUUUGGAGGAGAUAUGUUUGUGAUGAUGAUACUGAUCAUGAUGGUGUUCAAGGUGUGGAGUGUGAAUGA